CCGCCUCCUCCGCCUCAAUCCAUAGGAGGAACGACGUGUUCGUUCGCCGGGGCGUGUUUUCCGUGGGAAUGGAUGCGAAGCGGAGUCAACCAGGAAUAGCUGGGUGACCGAGAUUUGCCCCCUUCUUCUCCUUAAUCGACCCGCGGCAGAGGCUGCGUGUUGAGCCGCGGCCCGAGAGCUGGAUGGCCAGAGGAGAGCCCCUAGAUAUCUGAACCCAUUAGGACUCCCGUCUUCUUUUCCAAGGGGCUAUGGCUGCAGUAAGGAAAGUUGUCAAAACUGUGCUCAGUCGGGAACAGGCAGAAGGAAUGGGGGCUCGGGUCCGCAGGAGUAUUGGCAGGCCUGAGCUGAAAAACCUUGAUCCAUUCCUGAUGCUUGAUGAGUUCAAAGUAGGCAAACCAGCUGGUUUUCCUGAUCAUCCUCAUCGAGGUUUUGAAACAGUAACAUAUCUACUGUCAGGUGGAUCUGUGGCUCAUGAAGACUUUUGUGGCCACACAGGUCGAUUGGAUCCAGGAGAUUUGCAGUGGAUGACAGCUGGCCGUGGUAUUCUCCAUGCAGAGAUGCCCUGCUCUCAAGAGCCAGCCCAUGGGCUACAGCUUUGGGUCAAUCUGAGAAGCUCUGAGAAAAUGAUUGAACCCCAGUACCAGGAACUGAAAAAUGAAGAAAUACCAAAACCUUCACAGAAUGGGGUGACGGUGUCUGUCAUUUCAGGAGAGGCGCUGUCUGUAAAGUCCAAGGUGUAUACUCGCACACCAACAUUGUACCUUGAUUUCAAGUUAGAGAAUGGAGCAAAACACUCACAACCGGUCCCCAAAGGUAGGAGGCAUUUCCUUCAUCUACUCCAAAAAGAAGUCUAUUCAGGUCCUCCUGAUGCACAACAAAAAGUAGAACCCCAUCACACUGCAGUGUUGAGUGAUGGGGACUGUGUUCAGCUUGAGAACAAGGGUCCUGACAUAAGCCAUUUUGUCUUAGUGGCUGGUGAACCACUUAAGGAAGCUGUGGUACAACAUGGUCCAUUUGUGAUGAAUACCCAGGAAGAAAUUAUGCAAGCCAUUGGUGACUUCACAAGUGCAAGAAAUGGAUUUGAGAGAGCUGCCACUUGGAAAUCAAAGAUUGGAAACCAACCACAUGGGAUUUUAUAGACACUAGACUGGCUGGCCUUCUCUCUUUGUAGCUAUAUAACCCAACGUCUUUCCAUAUUUUUAUUGGGGCUAAUUAUGUGGGUUUACUAGAUUGACUCCAACAAAUGUGUUUAUAAUCAGUCUAGAAACAAAGCUAACUAUUAGUACUAUGAAUGACUGCAUGUGCUUUUUUUUAAACUUUUUUGUGAUAUGUAACACUCAUCUCUACCUUCUGUAAUAAAAAUAUAUUUAUUUUACAAUUAACAUCUCA